AUGUUUACUGCUAAAAAUUUACUUGAAAUAUACGAUAUUUUUCAUUCUACAAUGCCAUUGUUUUUUCUUUAUUUAAAAUUUGAUCUUUUUCUGACACAGACGAUAAAAACUUUGAUGGGACCUCUAUUUAUAUUAGUUUUGUUGCUGCAAAUUAAUAUUUUUACUGCCAUUCUUUAUUUUGUAUUUGGAUGUUUUUUGGUACAUAUUUUUAUUAUUUUUUAUGGUGCACCUGUUCUAGAUUAUAUUUGGGAGACAGCACUAUGUGCUUUGCAUUUGACUACUCUGGGGAUUUUGCCUUUAAUAUGUGUUUUUGGAAUGGAUACAGAAAAGUAUGCUGAACUUCUUUCUUUUGAGCUUGAUCUACAAGUUUUGCAGAAUCUUAAGUUAACAGUAGGUUUUUAUAGUACAUUUAUUGGUGCAUGGUUAGGUGCAAUACCUAUUCCUCUUGAUUGGGAUAGGAUAUGGCAAAAAUGGCCUAUUCCUAUUGUUAUAGGUGGAUAUGCAGGAUAUGCGUCAAGUAUUGUUAUAUUACUUUUUAUUUAUUUGAAAAAUAUUUUUAAGUGGAAGUCAGCAUAUGUUUUUGUUUAA